AUGCCCUCGAACAAGAAGUACAUUCCCUGGCAUAUCAUAUCCACCUGCAAAAAUAUAACAGACGUGCAUGCGAAGGUUUGGCAGAGAUUAGGUACACUCACAGUGUACACAAACCAGAAAGGUGGCAUCAUUGAUGACCUCAGAGAACAAGACCAAGGAUUGGCUGUACGUGUCUCCAAUGCUGGGUGUAGGGACAAAGACUUGGCUCAUGUCAAGGCAAAGCUGGCAGACUUCCAAGCUGCGGGAAAUCAGGCAACCCUGGAGCUCAUGGACUCCUGGUCCCUGCUGGCCAUUCAAGGACCGGCAGCAGCUGAGCUGUUGCAGCCACUUGUGGACUGCACAAUUGGCAUCGCUGCACUUCAUGCGGGGUGCCACAGUGACCCUGCUGGCAUUCCGGGCUGCAGGCUCACCCGCUGUGGAUACACAGGGGAGGACGGCUUGGAGGUGUUGUUCUAUGAAGGCCCCCCUCUUGUGUCUCAUGCAAAGCGUAUCCGAAGAGCGUUCUUCAACUUAAACAUCUGCAUGAGCCACUGGACCCAAAGCAUCAAGAGCACUGUACUCACCACAAAUGCGGCACGGGUCAAUGCGAAGACAGUCUGGAGAAACCUUGCGGGCGGCUGGUAG